AAAAAAAUGUAAUUAAGUAGGAUAAAAUAGAGAGGAGAUAUAUAUAUGUGAAAUAAUUGAAAAAAAAAAAGAGAGAGAGAGAGAGAGAGAGAAAGAGAUAAGGGCUUCCGCAUGGUAGCAGCGCCACCGCCGUAUAAAAGAAAAAAAGAAAAAGAAAACACAGACAGAGAUUCCAAGGAAUCUACUCAAUCUGUUGUGUUCAGUUUCAGUUGAGUAGCGCCAAUUUCACCUGUCCAAGGAAUUUUAAUGGUUUGUGGGACGACAUACUCGAUGAUGUCAUGGACAUGGAGCUUUUCGAUUUUCCCCUUGAAGACGUGGAAACUGAUGAUGGUGCGGAAGAAGAUUGGAAGGCGCAGUUCAAAUUCCUUGAAGAACCUUCACUAGGAAUUUUUCCUGUACAACCGUCUCAGCUCUGUGCUCAUACUCAAAAUGAGAAUGUGAAAGUCGAAACGAGUUUCUCUGGUUCUACAGCGAAGACGGCAAGUCCUAAAUAUAGGAAAAAUGUUCCUAUCCAGAAAGUCUCUUUCACUGCAAAAGAUUUGCAGCAAUUCCAAACUAACAGCCCAGUUUCUGUUUUUGAAAGCAGUAGUAGUAGUAGUUCUCCUUGGGUUGAGAACUCUAACUUGGAGUUAGCUGUUAUUGGAAGAAAGCGUCCCCGAAGCAUUAUUAGAGAAAAAAUGUAUAAUUAAUAUUCAUAAAAUGUUACUAAAUCUUAUUAAUUACAUUAGUUGAUUUCGUGAUAUUCCUUGUUAUUAUCUUGUACGUAGCAGCAAGUUAUACCACUCAGAGAUUUAUUUUCUCUGAUUAUCAUGUAUGUUUAUAUUGGAUAUGGAAUUUGACACUAAACUUGAUUUAACCUGAAAAAUUAUAUCUUCACAGGGA